AGUCGAAGAUGGCAGAGCCUGAAAGCACAGUCAUAAACACCAAUGUGAAACAGAAAGACCCCAGUGAGGCACUGGUCAUUGCGGUGACCACCAGAGCCAUCUUCAACCUGGAGGAAGAGCACAAGCUCUACCUGGAGAAAGGCAAGGAGGAGUACACAAGGCACCAGCAGGCCAACCAGGACAAGCCCCUGCCACCAGGCACAGCCUUCGCCUUCAUCCAGGCAGCACAGUAUGUGAAUGAGAAGAUCCUGGAGAGCAACCCGGAAGAGAAGGACCUCUUUGACAUCCUGGUGCUCUCCAACAACAGCCCAGAGAGUGGCAUACGCAUCAUCAACAGCGCCAAGCAUUACGGCCUGGAGAUCUCCAAGUUCUGUUUCGUCAGUGAUGAGGACUCCACCCAGUACCUGAAGUCGCAUAGGGUCAAGCUCUUCCUCUCGGCUGACAGGAUAGAUGUCUGCAAUGCCCUCCGGAGAGGGGUCUCGGCAGCACUUGUCUUCCAGCAGGAGGUGCAGGCCCCCAGCACCCCGCUCCGUGUGGUUUUCGACGGGGAUGCCGUGCUCUUCUCCAACGAGACAGACCAGGUCUUUCAGGAGCAGGGGCUGGAGGGAGCAGUGCAGUACGAGCGGGCGAUGGAGGCCGUGCCCAUGGGAGAGGGUCCCCUGAAGGCUUUUGCCAUGCACCUUGGGAAGAUCCGCAAGAAGUUCAGCCAGGAAAAAUCCCCCAUCCGCACCUACAUGGUGACCGCCCGCAGUGGCCGGGACAUGGGUGUCCGAGCCAUCAAGACACUCCGGGAGUGGGGUCUGGCCAUCGACGAGGCUUUCUUCAUGGACGGGGCUCCCAAGGGCCCCAUCCUCGCCCAGAUCCAGCCCCACAUUUUCUUUGAUGAUGGCCUUCAUAACAUCCAGGGGGCUCAAGAUGUGGGUGUACCCUCUGCCUGGGUCCCUUCCUGCUGCUGA